AUGAGUUCGGAACGCACCAGAGGGGGUAGUGGGGGAGAGGAUGCGGAGGAAUCAAGGUCUACGCCAGGGGGAAAUGGGGAAGAGGAGGCGGGGCAAUGGAAGGAGAAAGCGCUUAGUCUUGAAAAGGCAGUGGCGGUGCUGGAAGCGAGGGUGGCGGAGCUUGAGAGGGCUUUGGAGAAGGAGCGGAAGGAGCGCGCGGCGGAGCGGAAAGGGCGGAUCCGCGCGGAGCAGCAGUUGCGCAGCCGCCUCCUCGCCCCAGCCGCCGCUGAGCCCGCGUCGCCUGUGCGCGCGCACGGCGCGCUCGCUGCUGAAUUGCCUCAGGAAGGCGGCUCGCACGGCGAUGCACGUGACGGCGGGCAUAGCGAUGGGCAUGGUGACGGCAAUAGCGUUACAGAGAGUGACGCUAGAGAGCAAUCAGAGGGCUGUGACGUGGCAGUGACUCAGCAUGGGCACGUCUCAAAAAUGGAAUUGCUUUUCUUCUCCUCCUCGCCUCUCACUCUCUUCUUCCCCUAUCAUCACCUGCUCCCCUCUCCCCUCUCGUUCUCUUCCCCCUCCCUUCUCACCCCUCCCUUCCCCUCUCAACGCUUCCCUCCCUCUCACCUGCAUCCACCUCUCUGCACCGCAUGCAGGAACGGCACGCCACGUCAGCCGCUGCUCGUGCCAGCAGCGCGGGCCUAUCUGGAGCUGCCACGUGGAGGAGUGUCGCCAGCAGCGCUGGAGGGAUUGGAGGGGUACUCGCACUGCUGGCUGCUCUACGUGUUCCAUGCCAACACGGACAUUCAGCGUCUCUGGUCCGACCCUCACCAUCGCAAGUUCCGUGCCAAGGUUCGAGUGCCGAGGCUGCAGGGGGGUAAGCUGGGAGCGCUGGCAACACGCACACCGCACCGGCCGGUGCCCAUCGGGCUGAGCAUCGCCAGGGUGGAGCGCGUGGAGGGGCGACGGGUGCUGCUGUCGGGUGCUGACUUGGUGGAUGGCACGGCGCACCGCCCAGUGCCCAUCGGGCUGAGCAUCGCCAGGGUGGAGCGCGUGGAGGGGCGACGGGUGCUGCUGUCGGGUGCUGACUUGGUGGAUGGCACGGCGCACCGCCCAGUGCCCAUCGGGCUGAGCAUCGCCAGGGUGGAGCGCGUGGAGGGGCGACGGGUGCUGCUGUCGGGUGCUGACUUGGUCGAUGGCACGCCAGAGCCCAUCGGGCUGAGCAUUACCAAGGUGGAGCGUGUGGAGGGGCGACGCGUGUUCCUGUCGGGCGCUGACAUUGUUGAUGGCACUCCCGUGUUGGACAUCAAGCCUUAUCUGCCCUACUCAGACGCCUUGCCAUCUGCCACAGUGCCACAAUGGGUGGAGCCAUCAGGAGAGGGCGAUGGCAUGCACAUGGUAUCAGUCACCUUCCAUCCCGCCAUCUCCUGA